AUGGCCCCUCACGACUCUGUAAACCGUUGGGUCGAAUCGACCAGAUCGGCGGCGGGAAGCGGGCCAGGAGAAGACGAGCCGGUCGAAAGGAUCCCCAGCCCAGAUCUCUCGGAAGACGAUGACGACGAAGUCCGCCCGAAAGACCUGCCCGUCAACGCAGAAUACUUUAGACUGUUAGAGAACGCAAAGAUGUUCGAAAGCCACGAUGGACCCGCCCCUGAACAUAGUUUCUUGUACGAGUCGUUCAAGCGCGAGGUGUUGUUAGAUGCAUUGCCAGAAGAUGAAGCCCUGGAAAAAGCUCUGAUAGAACUAAGAACGCUGGUCAUAGUCCGCAUCGACGAGAGUUGGGUGAAACGGAGUCUAUGGGCCGGUUUGUACAUCAUCAUACGAGACUUUCUGAACCCCGAUUAUCCUAAAGACAGGCAUUACGUGGUUCAAGAAGACGUGUGGGAUCGCGUCCCCAAGCACCUCAGGGGGAUGGUCGACCUCUCCCGUCCUCACCCCGACACGGUCAUCAGUAUCUACCCUUGCAACCCUAAAGCUCUGCGUCUGCACGAAACCCAAAAGCCUCCCACGGAUGGGAAAGCCGGAAGCGCAGUGGAAGACGUCGAAGAACCCUGUCACCCGUUAUCGAACGUGGCGAUGUACCGUAUCCUCGCGGACCCUGCUACCAAAGAGAGAGCGCCCGUCAAGAGCACGAGCGUCCAUCCCAACUUUUUCAUGGCCCAUGAUUUGAUGGUCUUGGAGGUAGAGAUCGGGAGUACCCCGUGGCCCGCCGUCGACGAGGACAGAUCGCCGGAGGUGCAGAUGCAAGACGCCCGUGCCCGAGCGUGUAACGCCAUGUACUUUCAACUUGGGGCCAUCGCUCAGCUUCGGAUGGACGUUCCACUGCCGGCGGAUAAAGACAAAGAAGGGAGGUUAGACCGGUUCAUCUUGGCCAUGACGGUCUGCGGGGACAUUUGGACUGUCGAAUACGCCUAUCGAGCGAGGGUUGAGGAUCCUACCACAACUUAUUGCACGAUUACCUCCGGCAACUACGCUACCUCCCCCAAACUCUUCCUCUCCGCGAUAAAACGAGUCAUACACAUCAACAUGAUGAACACCUUUCCGGAGAAGGCAGCACGGAUCCAAGUCCUCCUCGAUCAAGCCAAACCUCUCCCUCGGAACACUAAGAUCGAUGUCCACGAUCAUGAUUAUCGGUACCGUCCUUUCAUCUGGAUCCGAGGGUAUGCUUACAAGCUGGGAGCUGAGAGACGGGCGAAGAGGGAGGACAGGGUGGCUAGACGUGCGCGAUGGGAGAGGGAGAAGGAAGCUGCUAAUGGAAAAUUCGAUAAACAUGCACUUCCGAGCGUGAUGUCCCGGGAAGAAGCCCGAGAGUAUGAGAAGUACUUGGAGGAAUUGGGAUCGGAUUAUACCGGCUACGACUCGAACGAUCGAGCCGGGCUUUAUCUUGAAGAGCGGUUGACCCCUGGACAUCGAAUGUACGUGGGAAAGAGGUGA